AAACGGCGAGCCCCAUAAAUUGGUGGGGCUCCGACAGACGCCUCAGCCUCUGGACCCCAGAGAGCCCCAAACUCCGGAGAGGAGGCCGAGCCCAGAGGGAGCAGCGGCAUGGCCCGAGCCGGAGCCGCCCCGGUCCUCCUCCUCCUCCUCCUCGGCGUCCCGCUCCUCACGCUGGCGCCGACCAUCGUCCGAGGAUUUCCCAUGCUUAUGCCCGGACGCUGCCGUUGCCUGGCGUUCAGUGAUGGACGCACCCACCCCAGAUCCUUCUCCAAACUGGAAGUGUUUCCUGCCAGCCCCUUAUGCCAACAAGUCGAGAUCAUUGUCACCCUGAAAAAUGGGAAGACGACGUGUCUGAAGGCCGAUUCCCCCAAGGUCAAGAAACUGAUGACCAUUAUAAUGAAAAGGUCGUCGGGAUCCGGGCCUCGCGGCUGAGGCGGCAGCGGCCGCCGGGGGGCGCGCGCGGACCCCCCGCCUCCGGCCCGUGACGUCAGAGACAGGCCCCGCCCCCGACGUCUGCGCAGGCGCGGUCCGGCCCGACGAGUCCGGCCCCGCCCACACUGGAGGUGACGUCAGGCUCCGCCCCAGGAUGGACCAAUCAGAGGACGGGACGCGGUCUAGGGAGCACGCACGCGCGGACACCACGUUCGACCCCGCCCAGCGAGGCGGUGACGUCACCCCCGCCGAUCAGGGCCGUCAACUGAGCAGCGCCCCCUUGUGGGCGUGACUGGAGGGGGCGGGGUUUUCACUGCCCAACCGGAAGUCUUGACAAACUCAUUCCCAAACCGGAUGUGCUGUUGUGUUGUUUAAGGCCCAACUUGGCCUUCCCAAGCGCUUAGUCCAGUGCUCUGCACACAGUGAGCGCUCAAU